AUGAGUUUGUGGUAUAUCAUUGCUGCAAUCGUCUUCUUUGCAUCGAUACUCAUUGCAAAGAAGAACACAAGAAAGACGAAGAAGAAUCUACCUCCUGGACCACCAAGACUUCCUAUAAUUGGCAACUUGCACCAAUUGGGAUCGCACCCUCAUCGUUCGAUGUUCAAGUUAUCUGGAAAAUAUGGAUCUCUAAUGUCUUUAAAGUUUGGAAAUGUAUCUGCCGUUGUGGCGUCAACUCCAGAGACGGUGAAGGAUGUUUUAAAAACGUUCGACCUAGAAUGUUGUUCGCGACCUUAUAUGACUUACGCUGCAAGAAUUUCAUACAAUUUAAAAGAUCUCGCCUUUUGUCCCUAUAGCAACUAUUGGAGGGAAGUACGAAAACUGACGGUUAUUGAACUCUACACCGCGAAAAGGGUACAAUCGUUUGGAGAUAUACGAAAAGAAGAAGUUGCUUGUUUCGCCGAUUUCAUCAAGCAAUCUGCUUCGCUGAAGAACAAGGUUAACUUGAACCAGAAGCUGCUGAAAUUGUCAGCAAGUGUGAUUUGUAGAGUUGGAUUUGGGAUAAGUCUUAAAGGGAGCAAACUUGAGAAUACUUAUGAAGAAGUCAUUGAAGGAAUAAUGGAGGUGUUGGGGAGUUUCACAGCAGCAGAUUACUUCCCGGUUAUUGGCAGUUUUAUCGAUAGGAUCACAGGGUUACAUAGCAAAUGUGAAAAGUUUUUUAAGGCGAUGGAUAGAUUUUUCGAUCAGUCGAUAAAGCAUCACCUAGAAGAUGAGACUAUUAAAGAUGAUAUCAUUGACUUGCUCCUCAAUAUGGAAAGGGGAGAGGUUGGACUUGGAGAGUUUCAACUUACUCGAAACCACACUAAGGGAAUUCUUCUGAACGUUCUCAUCGCUGGAAUAGACACUUCAGGACACACUGUGACAUGGGUGAUGACUCAUUUGAUCAAAAACCCGAGAGUUUUGAAGAAAGCACAAGCCGAGGUGAGAGAAGUGAUCAAAAACAAAGACGACAUCAAAGAAGAAGAUAUACAGCAACUCGAGUAUCUGAAAAUGGUGAUUAAAGAGACACUUAGGAUAAAUCCACUGGUGCCGCUUCUAGUUCCAAGAGAGGCUUCGAAAGAUAUAAAGAUCGCAGGUUAUGACAUUCCAAAGAAGACAUGGAUUCAUGUCAACAUAUGGGCUGUUCAUAGGAAUCCAAACGUUUGGAAAGAUCCAGAUGCGUUCAUCCCGGAGAGGUUUAUGGAUAAAGAGAUUGACUAUAAAGGUUUAAACUUUGAGCUGUUACCGUUUGGAAGUGGGAGGAGGAUGUGCCCAGGUAUAGGAAUGGGUAUGGCUUUGGUACACUUGACUCUUAUCAAUCUUCUUUACCGUUUCGAUUGGAAGCUUCCGGACGGAAUGAAGGUAGAAGAUGUCGAUCUUGAAGAAUCAUAUGGGCUUGUGUGUCCUAAGAAAGUUCCACUUCAACUUAUCCCGGUCCUUACCCAAUGGACUUGA